UACAAUACCAUACCACACCGGACCACACUACACCAUACGACUUCCCAUAAUCUCGCUCGUCUCUCACCACACACACCAAGCUCACCACUCAUUCGAGUACCAAGCGCAACUUCACCACCAUGCAGCGCAUCGAGCCUCGAGCAGACCCCGUCCCUCCCUCACAAGAUUCGUCCUCAGCACCGCAAAACAACACUCCAACCGCUCUCGAGCAGCGCGGAGGCUGGACUCUCCCCUCCGGCUUCGCCAGCACCGGCCGCGAAACCCACACGCAAUCCUUUGAAGAAAUCUACGGCGUGCCCGAAAACUUUCUCGAAAUCGAAGUCACCGACCCUCUGACUAUCCAACCCACCUCGUCGCCCAACAGCCGCUACACUACCUACCUCAUCCGCCUCUCCACCAACAUUCCCGCCUUCAAACUGCGCCGCUCCGAAGUGCGACGACGAUACUCGGAUUUUGAGGUGUUUCGCGAUCUCCUCGAGCGCGAGUCGGCCCGCGUCAGUAUCCCGCCGUUGCCGGGGAAGGUGUACAUCAAUCGCUUUGAUGAUAGUGUCAUUGAGGAUCGCAGGAGGGGUUUGGAGCGGUUUUUGAAGAUUGUCGUCGGACAUCCGUUGCUGCAGACGGGGAGUAGAGUUCUCGGCGCGUUUGUGCAGGAUCCGAACUGGGAUCGGAAUGCUUGGUGAGGGGAGGCGGGAGAAGGGAUGUGAAAGGGAUAGGAAGGUGAGGAAGAGAAGCAGUUUGGACUGCUGUCGCAGAUGUGAGAGACGAGAGGGACGAGGAAGAGAGAAGGAGAGGUACUUUUCGCUGGUGUGAGAUGGCAGGAACAUGAAGAGGAGGAGAGGCAGCUUUUGAUUACGGGUGCAAGUUUUUGUGAGCGAGCGCGUUUGGAGACGGUCUUGUUAGCGGGCCUUUUUUGAUUCCUCUCCUGGGACAAGUAGUUACGAAGUGAUGCAGCAUCAUAUCUUUCCAAGUUACAGCUAAUACAGUAUCCAGCUGACAGUCAAAUCGACGUC